AUGACAACAUGUGACCCCUCUCUUAAGCCAGUUGUAGGACAGAGAUUUGAAAGUUUAGAAAAUGGAAUUAAAUUUUAUAUAAAGUAUGCUUCAGCAGCUGGUUUUGAUGUACGCCGCAGUACAGAAAUAAAGAACAAAUAUGGUGUUACCAUUAAAAAGUAUUUGGUUUGUUCCCGGGAAGGAUAUAAGGAGGCUAAAGAUACAGAUCUAAUGGAAAGUGGAGCACCAACACACCCCAAACGUCGACGUACUUCUAACAUAGUGGGAUGCAUUGCUAAGAUAAUUUUCAGACUAAAUGUGGAGGUGUACGAAGUGGUGUCAUUCGAAGAAAGGCACACACACGAUUUAUGCGGGGACAGUUACAAACCGUUUAUGAAAGUGAAUCGGAAACUAGACAUUGGGCAUCAGCACUUCAUUGCAAACUGUGCUAAAGCUAACAUUGGGCCUAGUAAGACUUUCAACCUAUAUGCAGAAAUGGUGGGAGGAACCAACAAAGUGGGUGCUACGCAACAAGAUUUCAAAAACUACAAGAGAGAAAUUUUGGCAUACAUGAAGGGUGGGGAUGCGCAGAUGGUUCUAACCAACUACCUUGAAAAGAAGUCAGACUGUGAUGAUUUCUACUUUGAAUAUGAGGUGAAUGAAAAGGAUCAAUUGAGCCGUGUGUUUUGGGCCGAUGGUGUUGCAAGAAAACAGUUUAGCUUAUUCGGAGAAGCCAUGGCGUUUGACGCGACAUACCAAACGAACAAGUACAAGCUAGUGUUUGUUCCAUUUACCGGCGUAGACCACCAUAAGAGAUGUGUUACAUUCGCUGCGGGAUUGAUUGCUAGCGAAGAUGAGGAGUCUUACCGUUGGCUUUUAAUCAACUUCAAAAAAGCAAUGGGGAGAACCCCACCAAUAACAAUCACCGAUCAAGACCCAGCCAUGAAAGUUGCCAUUGCUAUGGAGUUUCCCGAGACCCGUCAUCGUUUCUGCAUGUGGCAUAUAAUGACUAAAGUUGGGGACAAAGUAGGAGCCGAAAUGGCAAAGAAUACUGAAUUUCGUCGCGCGCUAAACAGUGUUGUGUGGAAUGAAAAUUGUAUGCCUGAAGAGUUUGAGAAUGGUUGGAAUGGUGUUGUGCAUAAAUAUGGGCUACAAGAUAAUGGAUGGUUGAAGCUUAUGUAUGAGCAACGUGAAUCAUGGAUACCUGCGUAUUUCCAAGAUAUGUUUAUGGGAGGGCUGUUGCGAACAACUUCUCGUUCGGAAUCCGAGAACAGUGUUUUCCGAAGUAAUACUAGUAAACAUAUGUGUCUUGUGGAAUUUUUCUAUCAGUUUGAGCGCACAAUCAAUAGGCAACGAAGUAAACAAGCUGAAUUAGAUGCCGCUUGCAAUGGCCACCUUCCUACCCUAAAGACACCGUUGAGUGUUGAGCGUGAGGCAGCGUCAAUAUACACAUUGGCAAUUUUUUACCAGUUGCAGGGAGAAAUAAUAGGUGCAUGUUUCUCCUACCGAGUGCGAUCAUUCGCAGUUAGCGAACCUACCCGGACAUACGCGAUUGAAGACGAUAAAGGGAAGUCAUACACAGUGGUAGUUGAAAAUGGGAGCAACAACAUCAGUUGCACAUGCCGAAUGUACAGAAGGAUUGGGCUGCUUUGUAGGCAUGCUUUUGUAAUACUGAAAGAUGAGCGGUUCGAUCAUAUUCCACCACAGCACAUCACUCCACGUUGGACACGGGAUGCUGCUCAAAAAACAGGUCGUGAUCCGUACUCGUGCACGCAAGCGGAAGAAUUACAAAGUGUAGCUAAGAGUUUGGAGGAAACCCAGGUAAUAAAUACUUUCUACAAGUGUUUGGGAUUAGCUAACGGGAAGGUUGAAAAAUUGCAGCAAAUUGCCCAUGCACUAGGAGGGGUUGAAACGUCAAUGUCCGGGGACAAAGAUAGUGGGGAGGCGAAUCUUGGAAAACAUGCAACAAUGGAAACAUACUGUGGGAUACCAGCUCCGGAAACAAUCCUAGUGCACCCGCCACAAGUAUCGAAGAACAAAGGUUCUGGCAAACGAAUUAAAUCGAUGAAGGAGAUUGCGAUCAAGGGAAUGAGAAAGAAAGGGCGUACAUGUGCGACAUGUGGACUGGCGAACGGACAUAAUAGCCGAACUUGCCUUAAAAGGUAG